GAAGAAAAUAACCAGACACUACAAUGGCUGCCUCCACCGCCGUGACUUACGGAGCAUCAUACAUGCUUCCUCCAAGAACCGCAUUAGAAAUAUCUUCCCGGGGGUUAACUUCAUUCUCGUCGUCGAAACGGUUAGACCUCAGCUAUCUGCGGCGGAGAGUCAAAGUCAAUGCACCAUCGCCAAGGCGUGUCGUGGUUCGUGCCGCCAGAACUGAGUCAGGCGGAGUAAAAUUAGGAGCUAGGGCUCCCAAUUUUGAGCUUCCGGAGCCGCUCACUGGAAACUUAUGGAAAUUAGAAGAUUUUAAACUGUACCCAUCUCUACUUGUUAUGUUUAUCUGUAAUCAUUGCCCGUUUGUGAUUCAUUUGAAGAAAGACAUUGUAAAGCUUUGCAAUUUCUAUAUGGAGAAAGGUCUUGCUGUUGUUGCUAUAUCUUCAAAUUCUGUUGUAACUCAUCCUCAGGAUGGGCCUGAGUUCAUGGCAGAAGAUGCAAAAGUUUUCAAGUACCCGUUUCCUUACUUGUAUGAUGAGUCACAAGAGGUUGCAAAAGAAUUUGGAGCUGUUUGUACCCCCGAGUUUUUCUUAUACAAGAAGGAUGGUCGUAGACCAUUUGAGCUGGUCUAUCAUGGUCAGUUUGAUGAUUCCCGGCCUAGCAAUAAUAUACCAGUAUCUGGGAGGGAUCUAAGCCUUGCGAUUGAUCUUGCCCUUAGCUGUCAACCAAUACCAUCAAAUCAAAAGCCAAGUGUUGGUUGCAGCAUAAAGUGGCAUCCAGAAACAGAGUCGUGAGCUAAUACAUUGAUCGUGCUUACAAACUGCAUUGUAUUAGAAACAGCUGCGCAACAUUAUUUCCAGGCAAUUCGUUUGUUUGCUAUUAAUUGUGUUCAUAUUAUGUCAGAACCAACCAAAGAUCGAUGAAAACUAUUACGAUAGAGGUAUCUUCUAAAAUCGAAACUGAAAGGAGAGGAAAAGACAAAAGAGAAGAAAUUUGAAACCCUACCCGCAAAAAGAACAUAAAAAUUAGUUGGGGAAGAGCAUGUGUGUGUGGAAGCAGAGGUGCAUCGAUUAAUGUGUGAAGACUUGCGAAGUAAACGUGGGCGGUUGCCGAGCCGUGCGUCUCCUUUUCCGUUUCUUCUUCAUCAAGUUACCUCCGAAUUUGGUCCUUCGUAAUAGUUUUUACUUAUAUAAUGCCAAUAAAAUGUUUAUUAAAUAAUCCAAGUUUUAAUAAACGGUUAGAUGAAUUUCUGAAAGUUUUUGUUGAUGCAACUUGUAAUUUAUGUUUCAUACCAUCCAAGAGCAAAUUAAAAUAAUGUAAAGUAUGUGCAUUUGUGCCAUCAUUUUCUUCAAGUUAACAGUCA